UGAUCUGAUCUCACUGUGCGAGAGACACGCUGAUUCGCGCAUGCGCAUACGCGUACGACUCAGUGUUGGCGACCAGGAAAAAAGCAGAACAGCAACACAUUGGUCUGCCUAUGGCCGAACGAGCCACGGCUCUGUGAAAUAUUACAACAAAGAGAGAGUUUGACUUAAAAUAAUACAGGUGGAAGCGACCGAGCAGGGGAAGCCACGCAUGGCUCACCAUAUGGACGUUGUGUUUUGAGAGGAGGACAGUAUGUUUACAUGAGGGCUCUUGAGACAGAGCGCUGACCGUUGAAAGAAUCGCAGAGUCGGGUUGCGUUGAUCGGUGAAGACAUUGCCGAAGAUGCUGAAGAGAUUGGCCGCGCCGGCGUCAUGCAGCAGCUGCCUUCUCGCCUUCCUCCUUGCCUUCGUCUCGCCCAGGUGUACGCAGUCUAUCGGUGCCGACAAAACUAUGGUGAACAAGGAGGAUUAUUAUAGCGCCACUGUCAACGCCACCGUUUUGGACAAUAAAGGCAAUCCUCAACAUUUGGUGACGAAGAAUGACGGGCGGUACGGGCAGAAUUCUCCUAAAACAGAGGCGAAGGGGAUUGUGAUCGCACCUGCUGCUGUUAAUGGUGCGGUGGAUUUGCAAGGCUGCUGUCCGCACACCCGGUUUGUAGUGCCUCCGAAGACAACACACUGGGUGGCCAUUAUGCAGAGAGGGAAGUGCACCUUUAAAGAGAAGAUCCUUAAGGCAGCAGCUUUCAAUGCCUCGGCCGUCAUUAUCUACAAUAACAGCACCAAAGAGGACACCGUCACAAUGGCUCAUGAAGGCACUGGAGACAUAGUGGCAGUGAUGAUCACUGAGUCCUUUGGAAAGGAGAUUCUGGGAUUCCUGGAGAAGAACCAGACUGUGUUGGUCUCCGUGAUGGUGGGGUCACGAGGGCUGCCUAAGAACAUCAACCGCGGCUCCUUGGUGUUCGUCUCCAUCUCCUUCAUUGUACUGAUGAUUAUCUCCUCUGCUUGGCUAAUAUUCUACUUCAUCCAGAAGAUCAGAGACACCAGCGCAAGGGACCGCAGUCAGCGACGGCUGGGAGAUGCUGCCAAGAAGGCUAUUAGCAAGCUGACUACCAGGACAGUAAAAAGAGGGGACAAGGAAACAGAACCAGAUUUUAAUCAUUGUGCAGUGUGCAUUGAAGGUUAUCAGCUAAACGAUGUGGUCCGCAUCCUUCCUUGCAAGCAUGUCUUCCAUAAAAUGUGUGUGGAUCCAUGGCUAAAUGAGCACUGCACAUGUCCAAUGUGUAAACUCAACAUCCUUAAAGCUCUUGGGGUUAUGCCCAACCUGCCCUGCGUGGACAACAUGGCUUUUGACAUGGACCGAAUGUCCCGCAGUCAGACUUCCAGCCAGAGGACGGCGCUGGUGGACCUGUCCUCUGAGACCAGCAUCAGCAUGGAGCCUCUACGCCACUCCAGUUCCUCCCAGCUUCCCUCCGACGAAGAGCUCAUUCCUCGCUCCGGAGAGAUCAACAUCGCUGUCACUAGUGGUCAUUUCUUCAACCGUAAUUCGGUGUCUCCGCGCAGUGUAGAUUAUGAAAUGGAGCUUCCAGACAUCCAGGCAUCACUGGACAUGUACGACGACAACAAAUCCUGAGGACAUGCGUCUCCUCCACCUCAAGUCCAUUCCUCCAUCGUCCUCCCCGACCCAAGACUAUGGGGAUCAACCUUUUAUGAGUGUGAAAUGGAGUAUUGACAGUGAACACACUGACUCUGGCGAUAAACUCUACCACUGUAGAAUGACCGGUCGCCUCAAACGGAUGUGAUUGGACUACUGCACCAUCAUCAGCCUCACACUUUUACACUUUUUUUUCUCUUAUACUUUUUGAGAGACUAUUUCAAAUGACAUCUUUUCACAGACAGCUUUGGGAAGUACCUCUUUGUUCAUUUCUCUGGUCGCCCCAAAUGUCAUCUCAGCUGUUGUCUCAUGUAUGUAAUUUGCUGACCGUUUUUACGUUCCAAUGCUUAUUAUUGUUCCAGAUGGGGAAAACUCUCUUGAGGACAGUUGUGAAAGCAGGCUUGGAAGCUGAGCCUUCAUAGAAGAGCUGUCUGCUUUGCAUCUCUCAGUGCUUUGCAUCUUUGUAGCUAAAGGGUCUCAGAUGCGAACCAAGUCGUCCUUCAUAUGCUCAAAUGCUGCAGCUUCAUAUAUAGUGCUGGCCUGUUAGCACUCGAAAAUCCUCGACAAAUCAGUUACUUCCUCGUAGAAACAUGCAGUAUUUCUGUGUACAUAGAAUGAAAAUGUUUGAAACAUGUAUUUAAAGAAAAAUCCUAUGGAAUACCUUCAGUGAAUACUAAUCAGUUCCAAGCAAGGGGACCUAAUACAUAUAUAUAUAUAUUAGAAUUCAUACAGUAUAUAUAUAUAUAUCUCAAUUUGUCUUUCCUGGAUCGGAUCUUGUCCGUGCACAAGAGUGUCUGUCUAUUUUGUGUUCUCAUUUUUGGGGGAUGGCGUUGUGACCUUACUGGGCUGCAUUCACAGAAAUCUUCAUGUUGAUUCUGCUUCAGAUUUGUUUUAUGUCAUAUAGUUGCAGUCAGGACAGGGCAGAAGCUCUACUCUGAGACACUCAGUGAGUAACGGCUCUGCUUUAUGUGGGUCAUGAUAAUGGGCUACUAUGUUACAUACUGCCUCGGCAUUAAACUUGUCAUAAUUGCC